AACCAAAAUCAUCUUCGUGAAGAGAAAAAAUGACUCUCAAGUUAGAGACCUUUUUUUUAUUAAGAAAGUAGUCAUUGCCUUGUGUCUUCUCUAUCUGUUGAUGAAAGCCAAGCAAGUAAGCAUAUGAAAAUUCUCAGCUUGCUAUAAGAUAACUCUCAGCCUUUUCCUUGCCUCCUUCACAAAUACCACAGCCUGUCAAAAAUUAGCCUUUCAGAACUAUUUAACUUCCAUCACAAUAUAUAUAUAUUAGUAUGUGUUUUUUUAUCCUUAUUUCAUUUAAAGCAUUGCCUUAGCUGCCGGUUCCCAUUAUUCCAUCUUCUCUCUCUACCCUCCUCUUUCUAUAUCUCUAUUCCUCCUUCCACACUGCUUUAUAUUGUUGUAGACAAAAUCUUAAAGUGAUCUCUCAGAUUCUGGAUUACUUAUUAUGUUAUGUUUUGGAGGAAAUUGGUAAAGAAACAUUUUCUUUAAGGUAAGUGCAGUGGAGUGCGUCUUGAAGGGCUUCUUAAAGUGAGUUUUGGGGCAUGAGCUAAUUAGAACAUGCAUGUUAUCAAUGACCUUCUUUGGAGAGAAUCACAGCUUGGCCACUCUUCUUUCCAGGCAUGGGAACAAAGAUUGUUGAGCCAAUUACGACAAACUCAUUUGGGUUAAAGAGUGUUAAUCGUGGUGGAUUUAUCAGAUUUAGUGUUAAUGGUCAACGAAAAUCUUCAAAGGAUACGUUGACAUACAACAAAGAGGAGGAAGAAAAAGAUUUUGUUAUAAGGCCAAUGGAUAGGUCUCUUGAAAAGCAAAAAGCUGAAUCGAUCAGACAUACAAUGCAAACCCAAGAAGAUGUUUUCAAGCAACAGGUACGAGAGCUGCAUAGAGUAUAUAAUAUACAGAAAAUGAUGAUGGACCAGCUCAAACAUAGAAGCCAAUAUUGUACUAUUAACAACAAAGACCAAACCGGUCCAAGAGAGAGAACCGGAAGCUGGUCAGGCAUAGACCUCGAAAGUGAGGCUAGAGCGAGGAACAAAGCUACGGAUCAUAUUGAAGAGAGCGAACUAGAACUGACAUUGAGCAUUGGAAUGUCUUCUUCAUCUACGAACAAGGACAUGGACUACUCAUCGACAACGUCGUUUAGAUCAUCAUCAGAUAACUGUAAUAAUCAGAGCAAUAAUAACAAUAACAGUAAUAAUCAAGAAAGUAGUGGACCAAACACGCCUAUGAGCAGCCCAAGUACGACGUCGUUGGAUCGAGAGAAGAAGAGACCUCAUUGGCUCUUUCAAGGAUUGAGUAUUAACCGAACUUCUUGAUUUUUGUUAAUUCACUGACUCUUUAUUUUUCCUUCGUCUUCUUCUUGAUUUUUUUUUCCUUUUGUGUCUGAUUUAUUACUACUGUAUUAUUGUUUACCAGAUUUGCUGACUUUAGUAUUAGCUCUUAUUAUGUUUCUGAAUCACCGAUCAACCAUUGACAAAAUAAACCCUUGAAGUAUUUUGUUUUCUGUAUACAUUUUUGCUUUAAUUCUUCUUACGUGCUUUUAGAAGCUCAAUGAGAAAUGAUUAUAAGAAGGAUAGAACUUAAAAUAUAAAGUAUCAACAAAAAUAGAAAAUAUGCUAAAUUUGAAAUUUUGAGAAUGUUUCAAUUUGAGUUUGCUAUAAGUUUUUGGAUUGGUCUUAAUUAGUUACUAAUCUCAAGGUUUACAAACCGUCUGUUGUUUCAUCAUAACUUUUAACACAGAUCGUAUAUUUGACUAUGUUUGUAAUAACACAUGCCUCUUUGAUUUCAUUCUUUACCAGCCCUAAUAGUCAUCAUCGUCGUCUUCUUCAUU